CUGUGGGGCCAAUGAGUGUUGAACUUUAUUAUUUACUGUAAACGGUUGACAGUGAUCUCUUACCUACAUGAGCAGCUCUACCAAGAGAUCCUUCGAAAACGAUUGACCUGAAAGUUGUACACAAUUAGACAAAGUGACGAACAAGACAACGUGCAAUUUAUAAAUUCUCCUCUGGCUAACCAGUUCACAGAUACGUGUUGGCAAUGGUGCUUUGUAUAACUGGGGUUCCGUCUUUGCUGAAGGUUGAACUUUUGACUUAAUUAACAUAUCAAAAUUAAACUUGUUUGGAUUUUCAUGUAAGCCAUAGUUUUUAACACGUGGUAUUGGACUUUUCCAAGCAACUGGUGGACUGGUUAAAGUAGCUGUAUAUACGUACUGCGAUGAUUUGUCGGGAGUUUAGUAGAGAAGUGACGAAAAAAGCGUUUGCAAAUACUAUUAACAGUUUAAUAGACAGUGUAGACAGCACACAGAAUGACGUUUCGUUAUCUACGUUGAUGAUAACAACGGUCAGUGUCAACAGACCUACAAUCUUGUCAUAGUUAUGCGCCAUAUACGUUGAAUUAUAAUCAUAUAAACAUUUUUUGUACAACAUUCAGUAUCACACGAGGACAAUGUAUUGCCGGUCAAAGACACUGCUUUUGGUGAUAUGUUUGUCACUUCCGGCGUUUCUGCCGACGGUGCGUGGACAGCCGGCUGAGAUUGACGGCUGUCCGAUGUACGGAUGCCGCCCCAGUGGCAGCUUCUCAUUCGUACAGGAAGUUCCCCGUGAUAACGUGACGAUCGGAUGGACAACCGGAAACUUCCAGGGACCGGUGCCAGAUUUUGGCGGGUGUGCAGGGAACGGUGCCAGCCUUGUGUGCCAGUCGAACGGCUCGGGACCCGGCUACACGGGUUACAUUGUACUAGACCUAGGGUCCGGAAAAGUGCUAUGGCGCGACCUCGUUCUGAGGUUGCCGACACUUCCGCUCGUCGGCUUCGACGGAAGUUUCUGGGGUACAGACGGGGGAAUCCUCAUGCUCUACAGUGCCGACGGCAAAUCACUUCUUCCGGAAAUGCAUCUCGAUCCCAACAUGCGACCUCUGUUCGGGAUGCAGUUCGUUGAUGUCGGGUAUGGCGCCGUUUUAUUAGUCUCACAACAGACCGGCGAACUGAUCACCACUUUUACCAACGGUCUACCCCUUGCCAACAUGUUUCUGAACGACACCGUCCAGGGCGUGAGUGGCAAGUUCUUGCCUGUCGCACCCGCGGUAACCAGUAAAAACCGGAUUUAUGUUCUUACCGAGUUUGCUCCAGACGAAAAUCAGAAUGACGUCAAUGUUCUCGGCCUCCAGCGUCUGUACGCCAUCGACACAUCUACGUCUCUCGCCAAUGGAAUGAAAAUUGUCUGGCACGCGAACUUCGAGAAUGAAUUACCGUAUUCCAAUGUGUUGUCUGCAUCACUACGAUUCGGUUCGGAAUCAUAUGCGCGGAGACUGACAUCAACACUUCGCGACCCGUCCGUUCUAAAGCCGUCUAUUCUUUGGGACGCCGCUGUUGAAACUAUUUACCUGGCUUUGCCUCCUCCAAUGCUACCGGGGUCAAGGUUACAAGGAGGAGAUCGUUUGUUUGCAAUUCAAGAUACGGGGAAAGAAGGGUCGAUGGUGUUUCAAGCCCAAAUAAGCGUUCAAAAUAUGGUUAUGUACGACGGAAGUGCCGAUCGCAACCCGAGUAACGCAGCCGACCAGCUAUGGGUCUCGGCCCCCGAUGGUCGUCUGUUAGCCAUGAAGAAAACUGGUGUCAUAGGCCACGUACUAGAUAUGCCGGCGAUUUUAAAGACAAACUUUACGAUAACUUCUAAAAUCACCACCGCUCGAGGGCGCGGAGUUGACGAAGAUUUUCUGUUGUUCGGUAUAAACGUUCAACAACCGACGGCAGCAUUUAAAAGUAUUCUGUCCAGUUACGGCGUUGAAGUCAUGAGCGAAACUCCGGCUAACUACGUCAUCGGUGUAGACACCCCGGAGAACAUUAAGGGUAUGCCCCUUGCCUGGAUACUGCCUACCCCUGAGGAUACUGUAGUAUUUGGACAAAUUAUAGGAAUUAAAGGAGACGGUAGUAGUAUACCAGAUCAGCUUAUCGUUUACUCGCAAAUUAAACAAAAGUUUGCAAAAAUAUUCUCAAUUAUUGCUCAGAAAUAAACGUUUUGAAGAUUAUAAUUUUCAUACGAUUAUUAAUAUUUGGAUGACAACGUCAAACAUGUGUAAUGAAAUGCAGAUCUGACUGGUAUAUAUCGCUAAUAGAAGAAACAGCAAAUCGCGACUAAAUAUAUUGUGUUUUGUGUUUGCAAAAAUCUUGCAACACAUACAUGUAUCAUUUACUAAAAUAAAACCAAGUCAAUUUUAUUAAAUGUUUACUUUCAGGCAUUAUUUGUUCCAAUGAAUGUAAAUGACAUACAAAUAAUAGUAAGAUCCAUCAACUAA